GAAGAGGGAGAGAGAGGAGAGAGAGUGAGCUUAAAAGAGGCUGAAUGACAUUUUCAGCUCUCCACACCCAAAUCUCUGGAAAAUUCCUGCAGACUGCUGCAGAGCUCGCUCGCUGAGCCCGACCGAGGGAGGAAAGGAAGAGCUGAAUCCUGACUUGACCUAAAUGUUGAAUGCUGGAUUUCGUCUGUUGCGGCAGGAGGUCCAGACUAGAUAACCUUGGAAUUUGGGUUUUGUGUUGAUCGAGGUGACUUGAACGCAGUGUAGUGUGCAUCUCUGACACCGUGAAGACAAAAGAAGAGAACUACCGCUCCACGUGUGCUGGAAAAAACUGACCUGUUUCCUGUUAAAGGAGCAUCUAUUACUUCCUUCUCCUCUGUCAUCCUGGGGAAGGCAACGCUCCUCCGAUCCCCCCGAUUUCCCCCCUCCUCUUCAUCGUCACCACCGCCAUCGUCCUCACCGCCGCUGAAGACCGUCUCAGCAUCCCGUUGCCCCCUGACCUCAGGUAUCAGGUGGAAAAGGUUGCGACUCCCCGGAUCGCCCAUCAUGCACAUCAAGACCACCAAGUGUAACCGCUUCUGCCUGGUCGCCUCGGUGACCAACCAGGAAGUGUUCAACCGUCCUGAGGCACAGGCCAGUUUCGAAGGCUUGUUCCGCUCGUUCGACCCGGAGGUGCAGUUCCAGUACUUCAAGUCUUUCCGGCGGGUCAGGAUCAGUUUCAGCGACGCUCUGGCCGCAGCCGAGGCGAGACUGCGACUCCACAAGACCGACUUCAACGGCAAAGAGAUGAGGCUCUACUUCGCCCAGUCCGUCCACAUAGGGAGUCCUCGGCUGGAGCCACCAAAACCAGACAAGCAGUUCCUGAUCUCGCCUCCUGCCUCCCCUCCAGUCGGCUGGGAACAGUCUCAGGAUGCCACGCCAGUCAUCAACUACGACCUGCUGUGUGCCAUCUCGAAGCUAGGACCAGGGGAGAAGUAUGAGCUCCACACCGCCACGCCCACCACCCCCAGCGUGGUCGUCCACGUCUGUGAUGACGAGCGCGGCGACAGCUCGGCCCCAGACGACAGCGACCAGGACGACAAGCCCCGUCAGCCGCGGCCAAAAAUCAUCCAGACUCGCCGCCCCGACUUCACGCCCGGAGUCGAGCAGUGAGUGACGACAAGCUGGGGGGCGCAGUGUGGCGGCUGUAACAUUUCAUCCUGAAGCGAUUGGUCAAGAGCUCAACAUGCUCUCGGAGCUUUGGAGAAGGUUUGGGGACUUUGGGAAGGCACCUUAGGGUGCUGCGAUGUCCUGUAGACAAGAAUUUCAUAAGGCGGAGAGGGAAAACAUAGUGUUGAAUGCUGCAUUCAUGUCCCAUGGGAAAAGACAGGACGUAUGAACUUCCUAGUGGGGGAAAAAAACUGUUCAGUUUAACCAUCAAAUGAUAUGUACCGCUUGGGAAUUUGAGGUUUGGAGAUGAAACUGAAGGAAGUAUUUACUCUGAAGUGUAGGAAAUAACAUAUACUAAUGUUUUGAUUGUACAGUGGCAGAAGAUUUUGGUUUGUGGUGAUAUUUUGCAAAAAAUAAAUAAAUGAAUAAAUAAAUGUACUAUGACGAAGUCUGUUUGGGAGACGACGCUGGUGAGGUGCAAAUAAAGUCCUGCACGAGACCAUCAGCGUGAUCUGGAUGCUGGUUAUUCCCACAUGACAUGAAUGCAGCAUCAGUCUGACAAGUCAUGUUCGCGUUUUCCUCAUGUAGAGUUACUGAAGGACUGAAGAAGGAAAACGACUUCUGUAUUGGUUUAUUUUAACUUGUUUCCGACUGUUGAUUUGUUUCUUUGCGAGGGUGCUACGUGUGUGUGUGUGUCGGUCAGCUGUAGAGUUUACAAAACCACUGGCAUGUGCUUCUUUUUCUACAUCUCCUUUGGUCGGCGCUACAUACAGCUCGCCAUGACUUUCCACUGCUGUUUGAUGUCACAGCUUCACUUUCGCAGCUGUUCUGUGGUGGACGUGUUGUCAAGUCAAAGCCCUGGUGUGUACGGCUUCUGUUGAAACGAGGAGCUCGCACCAACAGUGUUGUUCUUGUAACGACUUCUAACAGUGUUGUCUGGGGAUUAUUUCAGUUUUGGUACUCUGCCUGCCUGCCUGUCUGUCUUGUCUGUGUUUUGGUUGUCGUGUAGCAAAGAAUUGUUGCUGUUUGACAUUUAAUGAAGCUGUAUUAUGGCUUUUUUUAUUUUUGAAUGUAGAACACACACCCUGCCCUUGUUAAUCUGAGGGCUUCAGCUACACCAACCAUGGUAUGUUGUCUGUAAAAAAAAAAAAAAAGAAAGAAAGAAAAGACAAUAACAGGGCUAACUACUUGGGCUAAAAAGUAUUGUGAAAGACAGAAGUGAAGCGCUGUUAUCCAAACUGUGACAUAAUGUCCUAUUAGACGAGAGUGCUCAUGUGUUGUAAGGAGAUAGGUUCAUGUCUUGUUGUAUUCACACAGGCUGUUAACUUGUGUAACACUUGUUUGUAGGAAAAUAUGCUGUGCACCAGAUGUAUACAUGUUACACACCCUUUUUUUCCACUUUCUCUAAAGAUUUGUAAAAACAUGUAGAAACUAAUGUUUUUUUGUUUUUUUUUUAUUAGUGCUUCAUUUAAAAACAGGUGAAAGCUUCUUUAGGAGGCACCAGCAUUGACAGAUUUGUUAGCCUGGUGAUAGAUGUAUAUGCCAUAGCAACUAGCUUUUCUGCCGCAUGUGUUGCUUUAUUAGCUUCAAGCUAACGCAGUCUUAUGCAGCUCAAUCUUAACUUCACUUGACUGACACCCGAACAAGAAACGUGCAAAACAAAAGACCAGACAUGCUGACAUUCAGUUUGAUGUUUUCUUUGACAAAAACUUUUGGCUGGAUCAGUGGUUGUAAAAAAUUCUCUGGAUUAGGAACAGGGAACUGGAACUGGGUCACCUGUUGAAUCAGAAUUUGAGCCGCAUAUCACCAGAGGUAACCACUAACUGCUUGCUAACUUGAGCUGCCAUUAGCUCAGUUAGAAGUGGGACAGUUAACUCCAAAUGUAAAGCACAUCAUCAACUGAAAUGACCCAGGCCGUAAGGCUGCAUUAGUACAAAUUGCAAAACUAAAAACCUUUUAUUUUUCCAAUGUAUAUUGUGUUUAAGUGGUGUGGCAACUAAAAAUCUAAUUUGUGCUUAAUACAUUUACAAUGCACAGAGAGUAGGAGUAACUGGUUCAUUAAAGGACCUGAUUUUUGUUGGUUUGGACCAAAUACUCCUAACAAAUCAGACUAGCGUAAAUCACUGGUAGAGUGGAAAUAUUACCUUCUAUUGACCCCGCUCAUGAUCUGAAUGAGAACACACUGCACUUGGCUCUUUUCUUUCUCCGUGGGCAGUAUUGUCUGUUGUCUUGGCCUGAUGAAGCUGUGUGUAUCAUUUUUUUGGGGGUGGGGGCUACUGAAAGAGUUAUAACUUCAGUUUUAACAUUUUAACUGUAAACGGACUGAAAAUGUAAUAAAAGCAGCUGUGUUGGUAGAUGCAGCAGCUUAAAGCAGUCACACUUAACAGAUAACUCCUGUAGAAUGUAAGAAUGCUGGUUAUGGAGAAAAAGGAGAUUUAUUACAUUUUGUCGAGUUGUUGUGAUUCAGUAUGAUGAGAGAACAUUAGCUUGUGGACGCAGCACUGUGAAGCACAUGACGCACUGCCAGUUAAGUCAGAAAGCUCAUCUGUCCCACAUUAGAGGAUUGGAGGUUACAUAAGGCUCUGUCAGUUUAGCUACUUUUUUACUACUGGUACUUUGAAUUCAUUUAUCUUGAAAAAAAAAAUUGCUGAGUUACCAUUAAAUAAAGAUGACCAUCUAA